AUGUUAGACCACUUAAAAUUAAAACAAGUUGGUGGUCUAAAAAUUGAAACUAUAAUUAGAUUAAGUCGAUUUGUUAUGAAAAAUAAUUAUUUUUCUAAUAAUAGCCAAUUCUAUCAUCAAGUUCGUGGAGGAGCAAUGGGUUCUCCUCUUACUCUAACUGUAGCUAAUUGUUAUAUGUUCUUUUAUGAAAAGCAGAUAGUUAAACAAAUUAGCAAUAGUGGUGGAUUAUAUUUUCGAUAUAUUGAUGAUAUAUUUUUAACAAUAAAUUGGCCUGCUCGACAUUUAUUUAAUCAAAUCGACAGAUGGAAUCAUUUUGAUGAAAAUAUUAAAUUAUCAGAAAAGAUUGGUUCAGCUGCUGAUUUUCUUGAUUUACAUAUGGAAAAUCGUGAUGGUGUAUUAUUUACUACUGUUUAUCAAAAGCCGUCUUAUGAACCGUAUUACUUGCCAUUUAAUAGUAUUCAUCCGUUACAUAUGAAAAAGAAUAUACCUUUUACGAUGUUACUUCGAGUAAUUAGGUAUUGCUCUACAUUUCAAACAUAUUUGGAUGAACGUGAAAAAUUACGUAUGGCCUUAUUACUUAAUAAAUAUCCGAAUAAAAUAAUUGAAGAACAGUUUAAUAAUGUUCUUUUGAAAUAUAAUAUCGAUCAGCCAUUAACAAAUUUUAAUUAUUACAAAUAUCGUCAAGAAGUUAUGAAUUCACCCAUAAAAGAAAAAGCUAUGAUUGAUUAUGAAGCAGUUAUGUUUAUACAUUUUACAUGUUGUUCUACCAUGAAAACUUUUCCUGCUAAAUUUCAUUUACUUUGGAAUAAGUACUUUCAGGAAUCCCCGAUUAACGAAAUUAGACCUGUUCUUGGUACUCGAAAUGUGAAGAAUAUACAAAGACGUUUAGCCUUUAAUAUGAUAUGA